GAGCGAACACGUGGCUACCGCGAAGCCAGAGCAGCAAUGGCGGCGGGCGGCGGCGGUCCCGCGGACCCCCUGUCUCCGGCGGGGGUCCCCUGCGCCUUCUCCCCGCAGGGCCAGACCUACUUCGCUUUGGCGUCUUCCGACGGUCACUUGCGAGUGUGGGAGACGUCCAACAACCGGCUGCACCAGGAAUACGUGCCUUCCGCGCACCUCAGCGGUACCUGCACCUGCCUGGCCUGGGCGCCAGUUCGGCUGCAGGCCAAGGAAAGUCCCCAGAGGAAAAAAAGAAAAUCGGAAACUAUAGGAAUGAGUAACCAGACUGAUUUAUUGGCUCUUGGUACAGCAGUUGGUAGUAUUUUAUUAUACAGUACAGUAAAAGGAGAGCUACACAGUAAAUUAACAAGUGGAGGACAUGACAACAAAGUUAAUUGUAUACAGUGGCAUCAAGACAAUGGCUGUUUGUAUAGUUGUUCAGAUGAUAAGUAUAUUGUGGAGUGGAAUACACAGACGUGCAAAGUCAAGUGCAAGUGGAAAGGUGAUAACAGCAGUGUCAGUUCCCUGUGUAUCAGCCCAGAUGGAAAGAUGUUACUUUCAGCUGGUCGAACAAUCAAGCUGUGGGCUUUGGAGACCAAAGAAAUCUACAGACAUUUCACCGGACAUGCGACACCAACUUCAUCGCUUAGGUUCACUACUCUCAGGCCUCCUAAUGAGAGCCAGCCCUUUGAUGGAAUUACAGGUCUUUACUUCCUAUCUGGAGCAGUACAUGACCGGUUAAUUAAUGUCUGGCAGAUCCGGUCAGAAAACAAAGAAAAGAAUGCAGUGAUGUCUUUCACAGUUACAGAUGAGCCUGUCUACAUCGACUUGGCUGUAUCAGAAAACAGAGAAGAGCCUGUCAAGCUAGCUGUUGUUUGCAGAGAUGGUCAGCUUCAUCUUUUUGAACACAUAUUGAAUGGGUACUGUAAAAAGCCUUUGACUUCCAAUUGCACAAUCCAGGUAACAGCACCUGGGAAGGGCAAGAAAUCAACGCCAAAGCCUAUCCCGAUUCUAGCAGCUGGAUUUUGCGCAGACAAAAUGUCAUUGCUGGUCGUAUACGGCACUUGGUUUCAGCCUACCAUUGAGCGAGUGGCUUUAAAUUCCAAAGAACCUCAUAUGUGUUUAAUAAGAGAUAUUUCAAACUGCUGGGCCCCAAAAGUAGAAACAGCUAUAACAAAGGUGAGGACACCAGUGAUAAAUUCUGAAGCAAAAGUUCUGGUGCCUGGGAUACCCGGUCAUCACGCAGCCAUCAAGCCUGCACAUCCCCAGACUGAGGAAGGAGAGAGCAAAAGGAAAUUGGGAGAGAAUGAGACUAGCAUUGAAGAACGCCUGGGUGCACUGGAUAUAGAUGCGAAAAAAAGAAAGGAAGAUCUUCCACAGACAAAUAGCUUCCCCGUUCUUCUCGCACAGGGCUUAGAAAGUAAUGACUUUGAAAUGCUAAAUAAAGUACUUCAAACUAGGAACAUGAACCUAAUAAAGAAGACUGUGCUGAGGAUGCCCCUGCAUGCAGUCAUUCCAUUGUUGCAAGAGCUCACCAAGAGGUUACAAGGACAUCCCAAUAGUGCUGUUUUGAUGAUUCAAUGGCUAAAGUGUGUAUUAACGGUCCACGCCUCCUACCUGUCUACACUGCCUGACCUCGUACCCCAGUUGGGUACACUAUACCAGUUAAUGGAAAGUAGAGUUAAGACUUUCCAGAAGCUGUCCCAUCUUCACGGAAAGCUUAUCCUUCUAAUCACACAGGUUACAGCAUCAGAGAAAACAAAGGAAACAACUUCUCCCUCGCAAAAGGCCAAACUGGUAUAUGAGGAAGAAUCUUCUGAAGAGGAGUCUGAUGAUGAAAUAGACGAGCACGAUUCUGAUGAUGAUUGGGAUGAAGAUGAUGAAAAAGAAAGUGAAAAAGAUGAGGAUCUUGAUGAAGAGGAAGAAUGUGCUGAAGAAAAUGGUGAGGACAGAGAGGUGACAAGUGAAAAAGAAUUAAAUGGAGAUUCUGAUUUAGAUCCUGAAAAUGAGAGUGAAGAAGAAUGAAGACAGUAGCCGAUGGAACUGUAUAAACUCUGGCUAACCUUAGUCCUGGGAAGGGUUUUUCUCUGACAGGAUGCCAAUGACUGUCGCUCGUUUCCAGAUUUCUACCAGUGGCUCUGUGCCACCUGCUGUCCUGAGCACCCAGACAUAACUGUGUAAAUAAGAGGGUUUCAUUCAAAUGUUAAUAAACUUUACACAGUAAA